GAAAAACAUAUGAUUUUCAAGCGAUUUGUUUUGCAUUGAAUUUGACGCUCAAAAGUGUUAACCAUUACAGAACUGAUCCACUGAUCCAACGAUGACAAGACACGCCCGCAAUAACACCGCCGGUGCUGUGUAUUCAUACCACGAGCGACAACGAGACGCCGGGACUUCGGGUUAUGGCACACAACGACUUCGUCUGUCCAAAGAUGCCAUCAAAGACUUCGACGCCUGUAAUCUCACUCUUCAACCCGCGAGACAUCCCGUCCUCACACCCGAAGGCUUUCUCUACGACAAGGAAUCGAUUAUUGAAUACAUUAUUCAUCAGAAGAGAGAAAACGCCCGAAAACUCAAAGAAUACGAAAAACAGAAGAAGAGGGAAGAGUCGGAUGCCAUCGAAGCCGUCAAUAUUGAGCACUCCAUCAAAACACUCAACUUCUUGAAGACCGAGACAACUAUUGUGAACGCAGGCAAUCGGAGACAUGUCUUGCAAUCAUCCGCUCCUUCUUCGUCAUCGACCGCAUCGGUCGGCGAAGUGACGUCGAGUGUCGGCUCCGGUAUCUCAAACAUGACCAGUGGUCGAGACAAAGGUUUGCCGAGUUUUUGGGUGCCAUCGAUGACACCGCAGUCAUCGAAGACCAAACUCAAGAAACCCGAAAAUAUAGUGUUGUGUCCUAUGAGUGGUCGACCCCUCAAAGCGAACCAAUUGAUUGACAUUCACUUCACGCCAACCAACGAUUCCAAGGUUUUUGCCGAACUAUUUCUAUAUCUAUUCAAUGAUUGUAUUAAAAGUGCAUUUGAUUUGAAGGGCAAAUACAAGUGUGCGGUCACUCACGACGUCCUCCACAACUCUGUUCUCUGCGCUGUACUCAAGACAUCGGGAACUGUUGUGACGAUGGAAUGCGUGGAGAAACUGAUCCGCAAAGAUAUGUUGGAUCCGAUCAAUGGACAGAAGUUGAAAGAGGAGGACAUCGUUCCGUUGCAAAUGGGAGGCACAGGAUAUGCGGCGGCCAACGACCAGCUCUUAGCCGCUGUGAAACGGCCUGUUAUGAUGGCAUGAGUAAAAAGUAUUCAACAAUCAGUAAAACUACUCAAACAUUCAAAAAACAUAAUAAAAUCAAUUUUAUUCAAAAUAAUUCAAUUGUAAUAUUAGUCCUAAUCUUAUGAAUGAUUUUACAAAUAUAUGUUUCACAUUAUUUCACCGGAAAAUUGUAUUGUAUUUAUGACUUAAUUGGAAAAAUAUUAGAUUCGUUUGUCAUAUGAUUUGCAAAUAA